AUGGGUAAAAAUUUUCCAAACCUCAACCACAGAGCAAGAAAUAUGACUGCACAUAUUAUUGAGAAUGAUGUAGAAGAUAUUAACCAGGCAGUAGCUAUUGAUCGAAAUGCUUUUGAUGAAGGACCAUUGCCUAAAAAGUGCUUAUGUUGGGUAGAUAAAAUUCAUGAUUUGACUAUUCCAACUGAUGGACCAUAUCAUGUUCAGACAUUGCAUGAGUCAAUUGGGGUUGUUGGUGAGAUUAUCCCACGGAACUUCCUUCUUUUCAUGUUUGUUUGGAAGAUUGGAUAUGUUUUAACUUGUGGCAAUACUGUUGUGCUAAAGACAGUAGAGCAGGCCGUGUUAUUUGCUCUUUAUGCAUUGAAGCUAUUGUUUGCCUGCUUUAAAGGUAUUUUGAAUGUCAUUUCUAGUUUUAGUCCAAGGGCUGGUGCUGCUCUUUGUAGUCAUAUGGAUGUGGACAAGCUUGCUUUUAUUGUAUCAACAGAUAUUCUCACUAUAUUUUUUAAAGAGGAUAAACGAAUAAACAAAUAUCUUGUAGGAUAUACUGAAGAUACAAAAGAUCAAAAGGGUUCCUAA